AUGAACCUUCUGUUUGGCAUGAUGACACCAACCGUGCUAGACAUGGCCGCUCUAUUUGGCCUCUCCCUUCUCGGCGUGGAGGUGAACGCCGCUUUGGUCGCCCCUGAGGCCGAAGGGAGUUUUAAGGCCGCAUGGCCCACGGUCGCCAAGCUUGCUGGGAGCAAGGCGAAGAACAUGCUCAACUACUCUAGCUUCUACAGCAACUUCGGCGUGGAGGACAGCACCGAUGAUGAUUCUAUUGCUCCCAUGGGCGAGGUCGAGCACGCCGCGUUCUUGCUAUACUGGCUAUGCAAGUUCGGGUUCUGCACCCAGCCGAAUAAAGUUACCCUGGAGUUCGCCCACCUAGCCAACUAUCUUGUGCAAGGCGGAAGGCUGGCGCUUGGCCCAUUUCUCCUCGGUCAUGUCUACCGCACGCUUCACGUCGUGGUCACCGACGGGAUGAAGCCGAAGCACGGUGGUCCACUAUGGCUUUCCAGUUCUGGCUGCAUGCUUACUUCCCAGAACUGA